AUGCUUCUGGGUACAAAGAGCACUGGUAGCUUUUCUAGCUGGGAUGGACGGUAUAAGUUAGAGCUAAAAAAUUAUGAGGAGUACUGUGAUGAAGGGGAAGUAUGGUUUGGUAAGGCUGCGGAAAGUCGUAUGGUGAAGUAUUUAGCCAGUCUGAAAUUACCGUUCACAGCACGGAUCGUUGAUUUAGGAUGUGGCAAUGGGUCGCUGCUGAGACAUUUAAGACAGCGCGGAUUCCUCUCUCUGACAGGUGUCGAUUAUUGCAGAGAUGCUAUCACUCUUGCAAAAUCGGUAACUGUGCAAGAGGAGAAAGAUCUUGAAGCAGCUUUACCCCCUAUCCAGUUCCAGGUUGUUGAUUUACUAAGCGUGGAAGGUAGUCUUGGUACUUUUGCAGUUGUCCUUGAUAAAGGAACUUGGGAUGCAAUGAGUCUUUCUGAUGAGUACGAACGACGUUUAGCGUCAUAUCGUUCGUUAUUGUGUCGCAUAUUAGACAAAAACGGCUUAUUUAUUAUUUGUUCGUGUAAUUUUGUAAGGCAAGUUUUAGUUUUAUUAAUACAAAUAAUUUUCCUUUCCAGGGAUGAACUUUGUGAGCAGUUUGGCGUGUCACCAUUACGUUUCAAGCUUGAGAUUGAACCUGAAAAUUCGUUUAGUUUUGGUGGGAAAAAGGGAGUGACAUCGACUACAGUGGUGUUUGAGAAGAUCUCAUAA